GUGAUCCCGCGAGAGACGGGGGCUCCCGCUCCUAGAUGGAGGGACGACCCUCGUGUAGUCCCGGCUGACUUCCAGCUGUCAGCUGCGAUCUCGUCUUCUUCGGACUUUUCCUCCCACUCUGUCUCCGCUCCGAUAGCAUGGCGUCCGGCGAAGACGACGGCUCCGUGGAGGAGAAGGACAACCACAAGAAGAGGACCAUCAGUCCCUUUGCCCUGGCUUGGCUAACGUUUUACAACAUCGCGAUGACAGCCGGAUGGAUGGUCCUGGCUGUGGCAAUGAUUCGCUUUUAUUUCGAAAAAGGGACACAUAAGGGAUUGUACAAAAGCAUAUCGAAGACACUGAAAUUCUUCCAGACGUUUGCUGUACUUGAGAUUCUUCACUGCGCCGUUGGAAUCGUGCACACUUCUGUGAUUGUCACUGGGGUCCAAGUGUCUUCAAGGAUCUUCAUGGUCUGGUUUGUCACUAAUAGCAUUAAACAAAUCCAGAAUGAAGAGAGUGUCCUUCUGUUCCUGGUUGUGUGGACGGUGACAGAGAUUACUCGAUAUUCCUUCUACACCUUCAAUCUGCUCAACCACUUGCCGUACUUCAUUAAAUGGGCCAGGUACAACCUCUUCAUCAUCCUGUAUCCCGUGGGAGUGGCCGGAGAGCUGAUGACCAUUUACGCUGCCUUACCCAUCGUCCAGAAGUCGGGCAUGCUUUCAGUGCGGCUUCCCAACAAGUACAACGUCUCGUUUGACUACUACUACUUCCUGAUCAUCGUGAUGAUCUCCUACAUACCACUGUUUCCACAACUUUUCCUCCACAUGCUCCGCCAGAGGAGGAAGGUGCUUCACGGGGAAGUCUUCGUUGAAAAGGACGACUGAUGGAGCCGAAUCCCAUGCCUCUGACCUCCUCCAAGAUGACGAGACUGUGCAGCUCGGUGCUAAAAAUGACACGUGUGCCCCGUGCAGGUCAAGUAUCACGAAACAUGGAACAAGAAUAAACAAAACAGCUGUGCAAGAAA